CCGCCUGCUGCCCCGCAGGCCCGCCCUCAGUUCCCGUCUCCUAGGCCCCGCCCCCUCCGCCCUUUCCAGCGCGGGCCCGUCCCUAGGCCACGCCCCCAGACCCGGGCCCCCGCCCCUCCGCCCGCAACUGCGCAGGCCUGUCCUCUAGGCCACACCCCCAGGUCCCCCGCCCCGCUCUUCCGCCUGCGCCUGCGCAGGCCCGCUCCCCGAGCCCUGCCAACCAUGGUGAACUUGGGUCUGUCCCGGGUGGACGACGCCGUGGCUGCCAAGCACCCGCCAGGGUGUGCCCAGAGGAGGGACAGGAGAGGCGGUGAAGGAAGAGGGCAGGGGAUCGAGCCUUCACCCGCCUCUGCCACCCCAGGGACUCGGGGAGUAUGCCGCAUGCCAGUCACACGCCUUCAUGAAGGGCGUUUUCACCUUCGUCACAGGCACCGGCAUGGCCUUCGGCUUGCAGAUGUUCAUUCAGAGGAAGUUUCCAUACCCUUUGCAGUGGAGCCUUCUAGUGGCUGUGGUUGCAGGCUCUGUGGCCAGCUACGGGGUGACAAGAGUGGAGUCAGAGAAAUGCAGCAACCUCUGGCUCUUCCUGGAGACCGGGCAGCUCCCCAAAGACAUGAGCACAGAUCAGCGAAGCUAGGAGAGCUCCAGCCGGGGCACGGAGGAUUGGGGGCAGGAGGAGUCUGGAACACAGCCUUCAUGCCCCCUGACCCCAGGCUGACCCUCCCCACACCCUAGGGUACCCCAGUCGUAUCCUCUGUCCGCAUGCAUAGCCAGGCCUGACAAACCCCUGCAGACGGCUGCUGCCGCAACCUGGGACCUGCCCAGGAGGUUGGAGCAGAAAGGGCUCUCCCUGGGGUGGUGGUUCUCCUCUAGGGUAUCGGGACGCAUGGUCUGCACUGCCAGCAGAGAGGGUGUGUCUGGGGGCCACCACCUAUGGGACACGUGGUAGAAGGGGCCUGUGCACUCUGUCAUUUCCUUUCUAGCUCCUGCAUCUCCGAUAAGUCCAAGGUGACAGCUGGUGCUAGGGGUGUGGGGUUAAUAAAUGGCUUAUCCUUCUCUCCA